AUGGCUAUUAUGAUAUAAAAAUAAUGGAAGGGAUACAAAGCAAGGAAGGCUUAUUUAUAGACCAAACUGCUGUUCAAUAAGUCUUAGAAUGACUAAGUAACCACAGAUAAGAAGAGUAAGAGGGGGAAGCAGAAAUAUUUUACCAAAGAAGAGUAUGAAUUAACAAUCAAAUCUGAAUCACUUUAAAGGGAAUAUAGAUCAAAAUAUAAAUUUAUUAGUGGAUCAACAUAUGAGGGAGAAUGGUUGGGAGAUAAGAGAGAUGGAUAGGGAAUACAAGUAUGGGAAGACGGGGCCAAAUAUAUUGGAUAAUGGAAAAAUAAUUAAGCAUUUGGUUAAGGAACCUUUUAUCAUGUCGAUGGAGAUGUUUAUGAGGGCGAAUGGUAAAAUGAUAAAGCAAACGGAUUUGGAGUCUACAAACAAUCAAAUGGAGUUAUAUACUUUGGAUAAUGGAAGGAUGAUUAUCAAUAAGGACAUGGAUAAGAGAAAUGGAUUGAUAAUUCACUUUAUGAGGGACAAUACUUUGAAGGUAAAAAGUAGGGAAGAGGGACUUAUAAGUGGCCUGAUGGCAGCUAUUUUGAAGGAGAGUGGUUUGAUAAUAAAAUAAAUGGUGAAGGAGAAUACGUUUGGGGGGAUGGAAGAAGGUAUAAGGGUACAUGGAAGGAUAAUAAAAUGCAUGGUUAUGGAGUGUAUCAAUGGGGAGAUGGCCGAUCUUAUCAUGGUGAAUAUGUUAAUGAUAAAAAAUAAGGGAAAGGGAAGUAUUUUUGGCCAGAUGGGAAGGUUCUAGAAGGAGAAUGGCAUGAAGGUAAAUAGAACGGAAGAGGUAAAUUUUUAAUGGCAGACGGAAGAGUGAAAUAUGGGAUGUGGAAUAAUGGAAAAAGAAUCAAUCUCGAAUGAUAAUAGGAAUGAAUAAGUAGUGUCUUAGAGUAACAAGAAUAAUAAGAGUAUUAUUAUUCAAUCUUUCUAUAAAUGUUAUAUAUUUAAUUAGCAAUAA